AAAAUAAAAAAAAAUCAAUGAAGGGUGUUCUAUAAGAAGGCACCCAUGUGCACUUGUAUUUCUGCUAAUUUGGUGGAAGAGCCAUUAAUUCUUCUUAUUCAUUGGUGUUGUAUAAAAACACUUAUAUCAACCACUACCCAAAUUUGUUUCACACCAAUAUACGCAAACCUUUUUUGUGCAUUGGUGUGAAGCCUUACAACUCUCUCUGUGCCUUUUGAGUUCUGGCUUUGGAAAUUAAAGAGGAAGAAGGAGAUUUGCUUCUUCAAGAAAUGGAAAAUGGGUUUGGAGACAGUCCUUCUCGUAAGGAGAAAAAGAGUGAUGUUGUGAUUCCUGAAACUGCACAUCAAGUUAGCAACGAUUCAUGGUUUCAGGUGGGAGUUGUUCUGAGCAUGGGUGUCAACAGCGCAUAUGCACUAGGAUAUUCUGGCACAAUUAUGGUUCCUCUAGGUUGGAUCGGAGGUGUAGUUGGUUUAGUUUUCUCCACAAUUGUGUCUUUAUAUGCAAGUGCUCUUAUGGCUAAGCUCCAUGAAGUUGGGGGGAAGAGACAUAUCAGAUAUAGAGACCUUGCUGGAUUUUUAUAUGGUCGGACAGCUUAUAUGCUUGUAUGGGCAUUACAAUAUGCAAAUCUCUUCUUGAUAAAUAUUGGAUAUGUUAUCGUGAGUGGUUCAGCUUUAAAGGCUUUCUAUAUUCUCUUUAAGGAUGACCAUCACCUAAAGCUGCCACACUUUAUAGCAAUAGCUGGAGUUGCAUGCAUCCUCUUCGCCAUUGCAACACCUCAUUUAUCAGCACUGAGGAUUUGGCUCGGGUUUUCAUCACUAUUCAUGCUACUGUAUCUCGCCAUUGCAUUUGUGCUGUCCGUUGAAGAUGGUGUAAAGGCUCCUCCUAGGGAUUAUAACAUUCCAGGAUCAGGAGACAAGAAAAUUUGGGCAAUUAUUGGUGCGAUUGGAAACCUUUUCUUUGCAUUUAACACUGGAAUGAUUCCAGAGAUACAGGCUACAAUCAGACAACCUGUCGUUGGAAACAUGGUGAAAGCGCUUAACUUUCAGUUCACGGUUGGAGUAGUGCCUCUGCAUGCUGUUACUUACAUUGGUUAUUGGGCUUACGGAUCUGGUGUUUCGUCCUAUUUGCUGAACAAUGUUCAUGGUCCAGCGUGGUUGUUGGGAGUGGCUCACUUAUCUGCUUUUUUCCAAGCUGUCGUUACCUUGCAUAUAUUUGCAAGUCCAACAUAUGAGUACCUAGAUACUAAAUAUGGAAUCGAAGGAAGUAACUGGGCUCCGCGAAAUAUUCUAUUCAGACUGAUUGUCAGAGGUGGCUACCUUAUCAUGACCACUUUCCUCUCGGCUUUGCUACCUUUCCUGGGAAACUUCAUGAGCCUUACUGGUGCCAUCAGCACGAUUCCUCUCACAUUCAUACUCCCAAAUCACAUGUACAUUGUCGCGAAGAAAAACAAGCUAUCUAGCUUACGGAAGAGUUGGCAUUGGCUAAAUAUUGCCGUCUUUAGUUGCAUGUCAGUUGCUGCAUUUGUAGCUGCCUUGAAGCUUACCAUUAUACAAACUCAAACUUAUCAUGUCUUUGCUGAUUUGUAAUUUUUUUUUUUUCUGUUUGGUUUAGUUGGAAGAUGUUCCAAGGUCUAUAUUUCUUUGUUUAGUAACUUUUAUUCGGUAUUAUUAUAACAAUGCAAUUUUGGUUGCAAUCGUUCAUUCA